AUGAAUGGUGGAGAUGACUCUAGGAUCGCGGCGCUUCCUCAUUUGGGAGGGAAGACUGCCGUCAUCCUCUUCGUUUUUACGCUCUCCGCCUUCGUUGCUGAGAGCCAGCUCACACACUAUGUCCAGAGCAGCCUAGGAUAUCGGCAACCAUUCUUCUUGUUUUAUGUCGUCCACUCGGCUUUCCUUAUCAUAUUCCCUCUGCAUCUGCUUUAUCUCGCCCUCUCGACACGUACCCCUCCUAGACCUUUUCUUAGAGGCCUGCUUCUUGCCAUUAGAAGACAUCUCGCUCCUCAAAGCCAAUCACUUCUCACAGGCCAGCCAGCGCAGUUUCCGACUUUCAAGUUCUUCCGAUUAUCACUAGGCCUUACUUUGGGUGCCACUGCCCCUGGCUUGCUUUGGUUUUCAGCUAUAUCUCUGGCACCAGUUAGCGAUGUCACCGCAAUUUGGAACACCAAUGCGUUCUUUGCGUAUGUCAUCACAGUAAAGCUGUUUAAACUGGGGUGGGAAGUACGCAAGCUUGCCGCCGUCAGCAUCGCAACUUUGGGCGUCCUCGCUGUAAUAUAUGGCGGGAGUCAAGAGCCGGACGCCUCAAGCGCAGGCAAUUCUUCCUUGCUGUCGACUAAGGCCCCUCUCACAGGCGAUCUCUUGACUGUUGUGGCCUCCGUGGGAUAUGGAUUCUAUCAAGUACUCUACAAGCGAUAUGCAACGCUGCCUUCAGAUUUAGAGUUUGCGUCAAGCGACGCCUAUACACGUGCAUCCGCGUCAGGUGAUGAGUUUUCCGAAGGUGUUUUCGAGGAUUUACUUGAGGAUCAAAUAGACGUGGAUACAGUUUAUCCGCCUCCUUUCGGACUGCAUGCCAAUUUCUUGACUGCAAUCGUCGGGCUUUGCACCUUUACAUUGCUAUCGGUAUUCAUACCUAUCCUUCACUAUUCUGGCGUCGAGACGUUCAGACUACCGCCGAACUCUCUUGUCGUACUUUCCAUCGCUAGCAUCGCCGGAACCGGUGUCAUAUUUAACGCGGGAUUCAUGAUUCUCCUUGGCAUCUGGGGCCCUAUAAUAGCAUCUGUCGGGAACUUGCUCACCAUUGUUCUUGUCUUUCUUUCCGAUAUUUUGCUUGGCGGGACUGAUGUUAUUACUGUAUGGAGCUUGAUGGGGGCAGGCGGCAUCAUCUUGGCUUUUGGGAUCCUAGUAUACGAUAUGUCACAGCGCCGAUAA